AAGGGAGAGAAGAGUGAAGAUUUCUAGAGAAGCGGCUCAGAAGAGGUGGCAUUGUGCAUUGGAGCGCCCACUUCCUGUCCAGCUCCCGCCCCCUGCCCCCUAACAAUGGAAAAGGAGCCUUCGAUUCCCCCCACCUUUUCUUUCCCCGCGUGCAAAACGUUAGUGGUUUAGAAUAUCCGCAGCCCUCCAGGGGAGCUGGGAGGAAUCACAGUCACUAGACAGUCAUUGCCUUCUGCUUUUAAGUAUCUUCUUGCCUCCAGAACUGAAGACCUCACCCACAAGAGUAACAUCUUGGCUUUGCAGGAGUUAGUAGAAACACCUGCUUGGCCAGUUUUUUUGUCUGGAGGGUCCCUUCAAGUGUGGACCAAAGAUGAGGGACCAAUGCGCAGCUGGCCCUGAUGCCAUCCAAACUGGGAACAGCAUGGAAUUCUGGGAAAGAACCAUGCAAAGGAUGCUGGGUGAGGACACCACCAGACCAGAUGCACAGUGCCAGCGUUUCAAACAAUUCCACUACCUGGAGGCCAAGGGGCCCCGAGAGGUUUGCAGCCAACUCCACAACCUUUGCUGUCAGUGGCUGAAGCCCGAAAAACACACAAAAGCUCAGAUCCUGGACUUGGUGAUCCUGGAGCAGUUCCUGACCAUCCUGCCCCCGGAGAUGGAGAGCUGGGUGAGAGAAUGUGGAGUGGAGACCAGUUCCCAGGCGGUGGCCCUGGCAGAAGGUUUCCUCCUGAGCCAGGCAGAAUCUCCUGAGCUAACCAGAGAAAAAACAGGAACAGCAGGUGAUGAAAUGACAGUGGUAUUGGAUCCCAGAUCUUCACCUCUUCACAGUGGAGUGGAAGAGGUUGCUGUACAAUUGGACCAGAGUCCAGUGACCUUGGAGGAGGUAGCUGUGUGUUUCUCGGAGGAGGAGUGGACCCUGCUGGAUCCAGGCCAAAGGGCUCUGCACAAGGAAGUUGUGGCAGAGACUUCUGCACAUCUGGCCUGGCUAGAAGGACUUUUGGGUCCCAAGACUGACCUUAUCCUCAGGCUGGAAGAAGCUGAAGAUCCAUUUGUAAAAAGUUCGGAAGAAGGAGAGAAGUCACCAGAAGAUGGGAGGGAGAACGAGAAAGAGGGUGAACAACACAGAGAGAAAACGGAAGCCAGCCAAAAGUGGAAGGGAGAAUCUAUUGCUUUGAAAGAGACUAACUUCCACAGGAUCCCAAUCAAAUGUUACAGAGCAUGCAACUUCCUUCUGAUUGCGAAAAUUUUAACUCAUCAGUCAAGCUGGGGCAUAUGUCAAAGCGCUUACACUGCAGAGAAACUGCCAAAAUGCUUAGAGCAUGAGGGGAAUGUCUGUAAAAGCCAUCCAUUCACUAGGCGUCAAAGAACCCACACGGAAGAGAAACCAUAUGCAUGCUCAGAGUGUGGGAAGAGCUUCUAUAACAAAUGUAUCUUUGCUAUCCACCAAAGCACUCACACAGGAGACAAACGAUAUAUGUGCUCAGAGUGUGGGAAGAGCUUCCGUAGCAAAGGUAACCUUACUGUCCAUCAAAGACUCCACACGGGAGAGAAGCCGUAUACUUGCUGUGAAUGUGGAAGCAGCUUCCGGCGCCAUGAUCACCUUAAGAAUCAUCAGAGAAUCCACACAAAAUGGAAGCCAUUUAAAUGUCCAGAGUGUGGAAAGAGCUUCAGUCACCGCUCACAGCUUGGACCACAUCAGAGUAUCCAUGUAAGAAGAAACCAUGAAAUUGUUCAGAGCAUGGGAAGUGCUUCACAACUGGUCUAUGACCGUAAUAAAGUAUAAGUAAGACAGUC